AUGGCGGAGGCAGAAGGAGACACAGUAGAUGAUCCAGUGACGUCAUACCUGAAAGCUUACCAUUCAUGUAUAUUUUCCAUGUGGUUAAAGCCUUAUCCGGAGGUAGAUGCAGAUCUAGUUUGUAAUAGGACCUGGGAUGGACUAUCUUGCUGGCCAGAUGUAGCGGCUGGGACGGUCGCCAAAAUGCCUUGUCCUGUGUAUCUCUUCGGCGAAAAUGACGCUCACGUCUACAAAUUCUGUGACGUCACUGGUCAUUGGCAUGUGGGUGCGGAGCAAAACCGUACAUCAAGUAAUUACAGUGAAUGUCAUGCUUUGCCUAAAAAAGAUGACAACGGGGAAAGUAUGCAAGAAUAUCUUACCACAAUAAGGAUUAUUUAUAAAAUAGGUUACGCCAUGUCGUUAGUGGCCCUGACCAUAGCCAUGGGGAUAUUUUUAUAUUUCAAGAAACUGUGGUGCCCGCGUAAUAUAAUUCACAUGAAUCUGUUCCUGUCCUUCAUUCUGCGCGCCAUCAUCGUAUUUGUGAGAGACAGCAUACAAGAUCAGUCGCUCGCUUUGGUGGCUAAACAUGAGGAGUUGAUGAAAAAUAUCGAUAUCGAUCAUAUUUUUAGCGGCAACUUCACCAUUCCCAGUUUCUCUGUCAAUACCGUUACCACAGGCUGUAAACUGGUUCAUACGUUAACACAGUACUUAGUAGCGUGUAAUUACUACUGGUUGCUGGUAGAGGGCGUAUAUCUUCACACUCUGAUUACAGUUGCGGUAUUUUCGGAGAAGGCUGGUGUCAAGUGGUACAUUGCGCUGGGAUGGGGUUUCCCGAUGUUGUUCGUGAUUCCAUGGAUUGUGGUGCAAGCAACUAUAAACGACACAGGGUGCUGGGACGCUGUUUAUCACUCGCCAUAUUUCUGGAUUAUACAGGGGCCCGUUAUGCUUUCCACUGCGGUAACCUUUCUCCUUUUUUUAAAUAUAAUACGGGUCUUAGCUACUAAGCUUAUAGCCACAAAUGCAGCCGAAGCCAAAAAGCUAAGGAAGUUAGCUAAAUCUACCAUGGUGUUAAUUGCCUUAUUUGGACUCUACUACGUCAUCACCCUGGUGAUCCCCCCGCAAGGCAACAAUAAAGUGGAAAAAUUCAGACUUGCCUGGGAUUUGAUUUUACCCCCAUUCCAGGGAUUGGCUGUAGCUAUUUUAUACUGUUUCAUGAACGGUGAGGUUAAAGCGGAGAUCUCCAAAAGAUGGCACGUCAGGCAGCUGACACGUGAUAUUAAUGCCAGUCGAACUUACCGCAACGGACACUCCUCUACAUUUACCAAUUUGACCCGAAAGGACUCUCCAUCGGCCAUGGUCAAGGACUCACCCAGGAAUUCACCGACGGUGUUGAAGAAGAAUGUUGGACCGGAGUACAUGCAAAUGAUGGUUGGCAAUGGCAGUGUCGAUAAAGGGAAUAUAGAGUACGAGGACGAAAUCGAUGUUGGUGUUCCCGCUAUUGACACUAACUCUAACGAGAAUACUCCAAAGUGCGGGCGUGUCGACGGAAUGGACAAUAGCGAAGGGAACAAACCCAAAAUAGAUGAUGUCCCCAAUUCAACGAGGAAGGCACAGUCGCCCGCAAGAACGGGUCGAAGUAAUGAUUACGAUAACGCACUGAAAACAAACCCGAAUAAAUCACCUAAGCUGAAAAAAGAAUAUAACAGAGAUAUGACGUCAGAGCCAGAAUGCCUCAUCCCACUGACGAGAGGAAACUUGUCCGAUCCCAACAAGCUUUCCAUGGAAAGUGUUGUGUAA